UCCGGCGGAACGUUAAGAAAAAAAAAACAAAACACGGUGGUAUGGCAAAGAGGCGGUGAUGAAGCCAAGGCAGAAAGCUCAGUUACCGUCGAUAUUACUAUGUGUAGCGUUCGGAUUAGGAGGUGAAGGAGUGGAUACCGAGGGGAAACCAAUGUUAGCCAGUAUCUCGUUGUUUUGUGCACCAUGAAUUUACGAGGGCUCUUUCAGGACUUCAACCCCAGCAAGUUCCUGAUCUAUUCUUGCCUGCUGCUCUUCUCGGUGUUGCUGUCCUUGAGGCUGGAUGGAGUCAUCCAGUGGAGCUACUGGGCUGUGUUUACGCCAAUAUGGCUGUGGAAGCUGUUGGUCAUCAUUGGGGCAUCUGUGGGCACCGGAGUCUGGGCCCACAACCCUCAGUACAGGGCUGAGGGGGAGACGUGUGUGGAGUUCAAGGCCAUGCUGAUAGCGGUGGGGCUCCACGUCCUGCUGCUGAUGUUCGAGGUGCUGGUGUGCGAUCGGGUAGCGAGAGGAAACUACUUCUGGCUUCUCGUCUUCAUGCCACUCUUCUUUGUGUCACCCGUUUCCGUAGCAGCGUGCGUCUGGGGGUUUAGACACGACCGCUCUCUUGAGCUGGAGGUGUUGUGUUCAGUAAAUAUUCUGCAGUUCAUCUUCAUCGCUCUGAAGCUGGACAAGAUCAUCAACUGGCCUUGGCUGGUGGUGUGUGUCCCACUGUGGAUCCUCAUGUCCUUCCUGUGCCUUGUUGUCCUCUACUACAUCAUCUGGUCGGUCCUCUUUCUCCGCUCCAUCGACAUCAUCGCCGAGCAGCGGCGAACUCACAUCACCAUGGCAAUCAGCUGGAUGACUAUCGUCGUACCACUUCUAACAUUUGAGAUCCUUCUGGUGCACAAGCUGGACGGUCACAAUAGCCUGACCUACGUGUGCGUGUUCGUCCCUCUGUGGCUCUCCCUGCUCACACUCAUGGCCACCACCUUUGGCCAAAAGGGAGGAAACCACUGGUGGUUCGGCAUCCGAAAGGACUUCUGCCACUUCCUGCUGGAGCUCCUCCCCUUCCUCCGAGAGUAUGGCAACGUGUCCUACGACCUUCAACGUAGCGAGGACCCUGAGGCGGCCGAGGAUCUGCCCGUCCCUGAACCACCGCCAAAGAUUGCCCCCAUGUUCCACAAGAAGACCGGUGUGGUGAUCACGCAGAGCCCCGGGAAAUACUUUGUCCCGCCGCCCAAACUCUGCAUUGACAUGCCGGACUAAUGGCGAGUUGAAGCAUGAGCAGUCGUGGGUGCCGAACUAAUAAAGCCAAAACCGCUUCAGAGACUGUGUUUCUCUUGUUUUGUUUUAAAUCCACUCUCCACUGAAGGAUUUUGGCCCCCCCACCCUGAACUGUGCAUCAGCAUCCCAGCAUGGGCAACUAAAACAGCGAUGGAUCCAAGAUCCCUGCUGUUCUCCUGACUUCUUGCCUUUAAAGGGUGAAAUCAUGGAACUCACAGAAGGGACAGCUUUGUUUUCCACCUCUCGCUGGAGCCACACUGUUGUUGCUGACUCCCAGUUGUAUCUGUGGUGAAGAAACAUCCGAGACUCUGUUGUAUCCAAACUUCAGGCUGACAUGAUGGUGACAUCAGUGAGAACUGGAUAUGUGUAGACUGUAAAUGUUCGCUCUGAACUGCUGAAGAUCUUUGCUUUAUGUUCAGAGGAUGUCAAAAACAAAAUCAACACUUUUCUGGGUUCAUGACUGGGACCAUUGGAGAGACUCUGGCUCCAUACCGGGAUCAGUGUAACCAUGUCCUUCCGAUUCUCUUCAUCAUUUAGGUGGACAAAACAAGGGUGUGGGGCUCAGAGGGAAAGUUUCUUUUUUUUUUCUUUUUUUUUGUUCAGGGCUGCCUUGGAGCAAAACUUGUGUGUCAGUGCAUUGAAGCAGCUGUUGGGCGGCUUUCUGGUUACACAGUUGGAGAAAAGAUUCACAGGGCUUAUAUGUAGGGCUGUGCAUGACUACACGAUCCCCAUUAGUCUGCCCCAAACAUGCAAGUUGUUUUAAACUAAUUACUCACAUUGUAUAGAUUAAUUGGUUCCACCCUGCUGUGCUGCAGACCAAAUUCUGAAGGUUCUAGGUUCGGCUAAGAGGGAAUUUCUUCACGGCCACCCCGAACAGGAGGAAGGAGUAAAGCUGUUUUCCAAAGCGUUCGUGCACUCUGCAAGCAUUGCUUUAAGGCUACCCUUGAAGAAAUAAAAAAGUAUCUUUUCUUUAAAAAGAAAAGGAAAUAGCACUUUGUUAACCUGUUCCAGGAGGAACCCCAUUUGACUUGUCAGAUUUUUCUAUUUCUGUUUGUCUUUGUAAAUAACACAACUUGUCAAGUUAGGGACCAUAGUGGUGAAGAGAGUGGGCGGGGGAAAAAAGUAAAUUCACUCCUGAUUUUUGAUUGACUCUGCAAACUUUCUGCAAUCCUCAAUCUUAUGAAUGCAAUCUGUGUGUGUGAGUGGCUGCGAUUUUAAGGUGAUGUAGCAUCCUUUACAUUAAACUGACAGCUUGGGUUUUUGAUUGAAGAAGUAAAGAGUUGAGCGGGGUUUUGAAGCUAACACAUAUCGGCAUUAAGUCUAACCGUGAAAUAAAAAUCUAUUAUUCUUUUACACUCUGUGUUCGAGGAGAUAAAGACAGCGUGCCCUCCCCUCCUCUUCUACUUCUUUUUUUAAAACUCUCCCUUCUGUGCUGCAAUUAUGUUUUCUUCUCGUCAUAGCUGUGGGAUUGUCAGGUGUCACUAAACAUACCGGGGUUUUGUUGUCUGUAUAUUUAUUUGAGAAUUAAACUGAGAAAGUAAUCCAGCCCUGAAUUAUUCUUCACUGUGAUCGUGCCACAAACAGUUCCUGCGCUGCGCUCUGGUCUAACAGUGCUUCAGUCGGUAUGCAGCAGCCUCUCUCUGCCUCUUGGAUCACUGAUUGACUUCUUUCUGUAAAGUGGGUGAAUAUCAGAGAUCAAUUAUAUGGGACUGACACUGAAAUAUGAUAUUCAUUGUUUUCUGGAAUUAAACUCCAUUGUCACAAGAAA